GAGGACAACUGGUCGAUGUGUGGGGGAAUCACAGGAGAUGGGGGUUUGGGUUUUUUCUGUCAGAGAGGUUUUGCUAUAAAAGGCCGAGCCGCCUCCUGCACACUCUGCUCUGCUGACCUGGAGACCUCGAAGUCCAGCAUGAAGACUCUCCUCCUUGUGGCGCUGCUCGGAUGCCUCGCCGCCGUGUUCGCGGCCCCCGCUGAGAAGGUGAAAUGGUGCGUGAAGUCGGACCAGGAGCUCCGCAAAUGCAAUGACCUCAUGGCCAAAGCCCCCGUGUUCUCCUGCGUGAAGAGAGACAACACCAUCGACUGCAUCAUCGCGAUCAAGGCUGGUGAAGCUGACGCCAUCACUCUGGAUGGAGGAGACAUCUACGUUGCUGGACUGAACAACUACGACCUGCACCCCAUUAUUGCUGAGGACUACGGCACCUCAUCGGAGACCUGCUACUACGCUGUCGCUGUGGUGAAGAAGGGCUCUGGCUUUGGCAUCAGAGAUCUCAGAGGGAAGAAGUCCUGCCACACUGGGCUCGGGAAAUCUGCAGGCUGGAACAUUCCUGUUGGAACCCUGCUGUCUAUGGGUUUGAUUGAGUGGACAGGUGCUGAAGACAGCCCGGUGGAGGAAGCUGUGAGCAACUUCUUCAGUGCCAGCUGUGCCCCAGGGGCACAAAGGGGCAGCAAACUGUGCGAACUGUGCAGGGGAGACUGCUCCAGGUCCCACAGCGAGCCUUACUAUGACUACGGUGGAGCCUUCCAGUGUCUGGCAGACGACGCUGGCGAGGUCGCUUUUGUGAAGCAUCUCACUGUACCUGCGGCCGAAAAGGACAAGUACGAGUUGCUGUGCAAGGAUAACACCAGAGCGCCUAUCGACAACUAUCAAGCCUGCCACCUGGUCAAAGUACCAGCUCAUGCUGUUGUCACCCGCAAGGACCCACAGCUGGCCCAAAAAAUCUGGGACAGUGUCCAAUCAGUGCAGGAGUUUAACCUUUUCUCCUCUGAAGCCUAUGCACCUGCCAAAAACCUGAUGUUCAAGGAUUCGACAACGAGUCUGGUGCAGGUGCCUCCGAACACUGAUUCCUUCCUGUAUUUGGGAGCUGAAUACAUGAGAAUCGUCCGCUCCCUCAAGAAAGAGCCGAUUGCAGCCACUUCAUCCUCUGCCAUCAGAUGGUGCGCUGUGGGCGCCACAGAGACACAAAAGUGCGACGCAUGGGUCAUCAACAGCAUGACUGAGAACGGCGCCAUCAUGGGAUGUCCGAAUGCUGCCACAGUUGACGGGUGCCUUAAAAAGAUUAUGCGCGGAGAGGCUGACGCGAUGGCAGUGGACGGAGGAGAGGCGUACACAGCCGGGAAGUGUGGUCUGGUUCCUGUUAUGGUGGAGCAGUAUGAUCAAGCGCAAUGCAGCACCUCUGGAGGUACAGCCUCUUCUUACUACGCGGUUGCUGUGGUAAAGAAGGGUUCAGGCGUGACCUGGGAUAACCUGAAGGGCAAGAGGUCCUGCCACACUGGCAUCGGCAGAACUGCCGGCUGGAACGUCCCCAUGGGCCUCAUCCACAAACAGACCAGUGACUGUGACUUCAGUAAGUUCUUCAGUGAGGGCUGUGCCCCUGGAGCAGACCCCAGCUCUGUGUUCUGUAACAAAUGUGCCGGCAGCGGCAGAGGUGUGGAAGAUGAGUCCAAGUGCAAAGCCAGUAGUGUUGAACAGUACUACGGCUACGCUGGAGCCUUUAGGUGUCUUGUUGAGGGAGCCGGUGAUGUUGCCUUCAUCAAACACACAAUUGUUGAUGAAAACAGUAAUGGCAAUGGUCCAGCAUGGGCUAGCGGCGUGAACAAGGAUGACUACGAGCUGAUCUGCCCGAACAACAAGAGUCCAGUGCCAGUCAGUGAUUACCUCUCCUGCCACCUGGCUCUUGUGCCCGCACACGCUGUUGUGACUCGUCCAGAGAGCCGCGGCAAGGUGGUCGACUUCCUCCAGGACCAGCAGUCCAAGUUUGGUAUCGGCGGCAGCGAUCCCUCGUUCAACCUGUUCCAGUCAGACUUAGGAAGGAACCUCCUCUUCAAGGACUCCACCAAGUGUCUGCAGGAGAUCAGAGCUGAAACAUCCUACGAUCAGUUCUUGGGAGCAGAGUACAUGAAUGCCAUGGCUUCACUCAGAAAUUGCACAGACAGCACCUCAGAUCUGGAGAAAUCUUGCACUUUCCAUUCCUGCCAGCAAAAAAACUAGUGGCGACCACGGACCACACGGUGCCUCAUUCCGCCCUCAGUGAUUCGAGCACCCUACCCAUCCUUCCCACGCGCAACGCAAAAAUUGCCUUGUGUGUUUUCUUACUGAUCUUCUUGUAGAACAGUUUUUACUAGAACCAUCAUUACCAGAACCAACAAAUCAACUAUUCCGUGACCAAUCAUGCCCUGUUGUAGUUAUUUUCAUGCUGUUGAAACGUAAUGUUACAUUACCUGUGUCAUUGGAUCCAUGUUUAGUAUUGCAAACACAUGCCUGACUUUUCUCAAAUAAAGCUUUUUAACGCUC